CAAAUUCCGCUUUUCAAAUCAUGGAGGCAGAACAGAUUAUGGAGGGACAGCCACAGGUUCCAGAAAAUCCCCAUUCUGAAUACGGUCUCACUGAAAAUGUGGAGAGGAUAGUAGAAAAUGAGAAAAUAAAUGCAGAGAAAACAUCAAAGCAGAAGGUGGAUCUUCAGUCAUUACCCACACGUGCCUACUUGGAUCAGACAGUUGUACCUAUCUUGCUACAGGGACUUGCUGUUCUUGCAAAAGAGAGACCGCCAAAUCCCAUUGAAUUUCUAGCAGCAUAUCUUUUAAAAAACAAGUCACAAUUUGAGGACCGAAAUUAACUCCAUAAAAAUGAGGACAGUUUCGCUGCUAGACUGAAAUGCUCAUUUGCCGCAAUUUGUUUUCUGCUGUAAAAAUCCUUUGGAACCAUGAUGUUGUCUUUUUUAAUCGCACAAUUUGCUUUACCUUUUGAGUUAUUUAAUAAAGAACACUUUUCAUUUGUUCACUUGUUUUAAACUAGCUAUUAAGAGACUUUCAAAAUAAAGUACUGAAACUGCA